AUGAAGGUGAAUGAGGGGAAUCUGAGCUCCGUGAGCACCUUCAUCCUCUUGGGUUUCUCAGAAUACCCACACCUCCAGGCACCACUGUUCCUGGUGUUCCUCGUCAUCUACACAAUCACUCUUCUGGGAAACUUGGGCAUAAUUGUGGUCACAAGGAUCAAUCCCAAACUUCAUACACCCAUGUACUUUUUCCUCAGCCAUCUAUCCUUUCUGGAUAUGUGUUAUUCCAGUGUAUUCACACCCAAACUGCUGGCAAUCCUGGCUGUGGAAGACAGAACCAUCUCCUUCGAAGGAUGCAUGACUCAGUUUUUCUUCAUCUGUGCUUUUGUGAUCACAGAAAUGUUCCUGUUGGCAGUGAUGGCCUACGACAGGUUUGUGGCUGUUUGCAAGCCCCUGCUCUACACAGUUGCUAUGUCUCAUAGGCUCUGUGCUCUCCUGGUGGCUGGGACUUACACCUGGGGUGGCCUCUGCUCUCUGACACUCACAUACUCUCUGUGGGAGCUCUCCUACUGUGGCUCUAACGUCAUCCAUCACUUUGGCUGCGAGUACUCGGCCAUCCUCUCUUUAUCUUGCUCAGACCCCUCCUUCAGCCAGACGGCGUGUUUCAUAAUUUCGACAUUCAACGAAACAUGCAGCCUCCUGAUCAUCCUCGCUUCCUAUGUGUUCAUCGUAGUCACCAUCGUCCAGAUGCCUUCCAAGGGUGGACUCUGGAAGGCCCUCUCCACCUGUGCCUCCCACCUGACUGCCAUCUGCAUCUUCCAUGGGAUCAUCCUGCUUCUCUACUGUGUGCCCAACUCCAAAAGCUCGUGGCUCCUGAUCAAAGUGUCCACUGUGUUGUUUACAGUCAUGAUUCCCAUGCUGAAUCCCCUGAUCUACAGCCUUAGGAACAAAGAUGUGAAGGAGACAGUCAGGAGAUUAAUCAACUCCCGACUGUCUUCUCACUCAAUGAAAUUUUAA